AUGGUUCAAUAUUUUAAAGGCCCUAUCUGGGCACAGGCAUUGCUGUUUAAUAUUAUACCCGCCGCAUAUGGUAGCGGCUUUGUAGGACACAGCUCAUAUUGUUGCAAUAUUCUCGAGGAUGCCCUCGGAGAUGCCAUAUACUCCCGUUCUUCAAACGAAUACACUGUUCAGAACACAUUUUGGGCUGUCCAAGCCAACCUAUCACCAACAUGUGUUUUGGCACCGAAAUCAACAGAUGACCUAGCUACUGCCAUGAAGAUUCUUGUACAAGACUCCUGUAUCUUCGCAGUUCGCGGAGGUGGCCAUUCAAGUAUUCCUGGUUGGGCCAGUACUAACGACGGUGUACUUAUCUCUUUGGGUAAUUUCAGAGAUGCCGUUGUAAAAGAUGGCUAUGCAAGGGUUGGUGCAGGAAACCGCUGGGGAGAAGUAUAUAGGCGGCUGGAAGAUCAUGAUUUGACGGUUGCCGGAGGUAGACUGUCUGGCGUUGGGGUUUCGGGGUUGACAUUGGGAGGAGGGCUGACGUGGCUAACCUCUGAGCACGGAUUUGCCUGCGAUAAUGUCAAGAACUUCGAAAUCGUAACCGCAGCUGGCGAUAUCCUCCAUGCAAAUGCCGAAUCCCAUCCAGAACUAUUCAAGGGCCUGAAAGGUGCUGGGCCAAGCAACUUCGGAAUUAUUACGAACUUCGACUUAUAUACCUAUCCUCAUAACUCAAAGGUUUAUGGCGGGAUGUACAUCUACAAUGAAGAUAAAGCGCCCCAAAUCCUUUCAGAAGCCUUUAAUUAUGCCACCACAGGAGCCUCUGCGGACGUCAAGUCACACCUGAUCUCAACUUUUGCAUGGACAAAAGACGCAGGCACUGUCUCGCCGGCAGUCAUUGCAUACUACAAUGGCCAUGUAGACAAUGAUAACCCCCCUGAGGCUCUGAGGCGAUUUUCGGAUAUCCCGAUGGUUUUGAAUACUGGGAGUAUGCAGAAUACUUCGCAGGUUGCUGAUGCGGUGGGAUACCCCGAGGGAGGAGCUAGGCAGUUUCUCUCGUCGAUAACUGUCGUUGCCAAGGAAGAGGAGCUGAUGGCAGAACUUCAUACAAUCUGGAGAGAAUCUUUGGAGCUCCUGAAACCCUACUUAGUCUCUGCCGUUUCUGGAUUCGUGCCUAUCCCGGAUACCGCUAUUGCAGCUGGAUUUACGAAAGGGGGGAACUCUAUGGGGUUUAAACCAGAUGAUAAGAAUCUAAUGCAUGUUUUUUGGUUCAACGCCUGGACCGAUGCCAAAUUUGACAGUAGAGUUGCGAGUAUCUGCAAUGAUAUGAUUACCAAGUCAAGCCGCGCAGCCAAGCGCAGAGACUCCCUUCACCCAUUCCAAUACUUGAACUACGCUUCGAAAGAUCAAGACCCCAUCGCUUCGUAUGGUAAGGAGAGUGUUAAGGAUCUAACGAAGUUGCAGAAGGAGUAUGAUCCAAUGGGAGUUUUCACAAAAUUAGUGAAGGGGGGAUUUAAGAUUCCGGAGCAGACGGAGAGAUUUGAGUUAUGA